AUAUUGCCAAGUUUUCCAUUUUAUUUCCCAGUUUCUCUUCAAUCUCACAUCUUCUACAAAACAACAUAUCCAAAAAAAUAAAUAAAUGAACUCCGCAGUUUUGACCCUCUUUAUUUUAGUUUUAGCAACUCAUUAUCAAACAUGCGCUUCUCGUUAUUAUGAAACUUGGACUUCAAAAUAUAAUUUUUUUGGCAAGCCGAAUUCUUUCAAUAAGGGUUUAUGCGCUGAUUCAAUCACUACCCAGGGAUACGAAUGCCAUGAAUUUGAAGUUGUAACAAAUGAUGGAUAUAUUCUUAGCAUUCAAAGGAUUCCAGUAGGACGAUCUCAGAUUAGUCAAAACGCGACUGUGAAGGAGCCCGUGAUAAUACAACAUGGAAUUAUGAUGGAUGGAUCAUCGUGGUUUAUGAACAAACCAAACCAAAACCUGCCUAUGAUUCUGGCUGAUAAUGGCUUCGAUGUUUGGAUUACUAAUGCCAGAGGAACCAAAUAUAGUCGCAAACACACUUUCUUAGAACCCUCUAACGAGAAUUAUUGGAAUUGGUCUUGGGAUGAAUUGGUUAGUGAUGAAAUGCCUGCUAUUUUUGAUUUUGUCUUCAACAAAACAGGGCAGAAGAUAAAUUAUCUUGGUCAUUCUUUGGGGACUUUGGUAGCUUUGGUAUCUUUGUCAGAGGGUAAAUGGAUAAAUCAGGUUAAAUCAGUAGCAUUGUUGAGUCCUAUUGCCUAUUUGAGAAAUAUGAAAACUGCAGUUGGAGUUAUGAGUGCAAACUAUGUAAUCGGCAAGAAAUUUACUCCAAGGGACAUUACUGAAUUUGAUCCCAAAGGACAAAGAGUCCUUGACUUUGUCAAUGGUAUUUGUGAUCAUUCUGGACUAAACUGCAACGACCUGUUUACUGCAAUAACCGGUGAAAAUUGUUGCUUAGAUGAAGCAGCAUUUGUUGAAUUCCUGAAAGUUGAACCUCAAUCAACGUCAAAAAAGAUGAUGUUUCAUUUAGCUCGCACAUUUUUAAGUGAUAGUUUGACGAAAUUCGAUUAUGGGAGAGGACUUAUAAACAUGAAGCAUUAUGGACAACAAAACCCUCCGGCCUACAACCUCUCAAACAUUCCUAACAAUAUUCCAUUUUUCAUGAGCUAUGGUGGUCGAGACGCGCUCUCCGAUGUUGUCGAUGUUAAGAAACUACUUAAUAUACACUUUCAGAACCAUGAAGCAGGCAAGCUUAAUGUUCAGUUCAUUCAAGAAUAUGCUCAUGCUGACUACAUGAUGGCUGUGAAUGCCAAUGAGUUGGUGUACAAAAAUGUUUCAUCAUUUUUCAAGCAGAAAUUUUGACUCAUGAAUAGUUAUGGUGCUUAAGCUUCUCAAUUUUCCCUAAUGGAAUCUUAGAAAGAGUUACAAAUUUAUAUAUAGAAAAGUAACUAAUUGCUAUUGCUAAACUUAAUGUAAAUUUGUCUAUAAAUGUUAAUAUAAGUUUUAGGUGUUUUAUGGGUGUUAGCAUGUACACAUACUUGUAAAUUAUUAUUGGCCUUUUCUCUAAAUGGUGGAAGCAUUUCUCAUGUUUGGAGUGGUCAUACUCUAGACAUUCUUAUACAUGUACAAACUCAUUUGUAUUUUUUUUUCUUGGAUUAAAGUUCAAUAUAACUAAAGAAAGUAUUAUGUGAAAGUGAAAAGGAUGUCAUGUGAAAGUGAAAAGGAUGUCAAAUGAAAACAGUUAUAAAGAGAUUAUGAGAUUA